AUGUAAUAGUGUCGGUUUAUUUCAGUAUGACAUGUGGGACCAAGAUGUCAGGUCUUUAGGCAUAUAAGAUGCCAGUUGCUGUAAGACUAAAACAGAUGAGAAUUGAAUCAGAAAACGCAGUCACGUGCAGAGGUGUUCCUCUGUUCGUCCUCGUGCUCACUUCUCGAUCCCAUUGCGAUGCUCACGUCCCGGUGAUCACUGGCGGCCAGGGGCUUACAAUGGUAUCAGAAGCUUAUCGAUCCUCGGCCUCACAAUCCCUACCCACCCUCCCGUAGCGAUUUGGAGUUCAUCGGAGCAGCAGGUCGGAGGCGGAACGAGUUCUCGCAGCAGCUUCGGCCGCCGCGAAUUAAUCUCGCUUCUGCGUCGAUUUCUGGUUGUCUCACCUCCGAUUCGUUACCCACCCACCCCACCCACCAAAUCGAGGUCCGGAUCUCUCUUCGCGCGCGUCGUCUUCCCCAUCGGCGGCGGCGGCUUCAUCACCAUCCUCUAUGGCGACGCGUCAACCUCCACCAGCGUCGUCGUCGGCGUCUCUUCAUCGACUGGGGUCUGCAUCGACACUAGGGUUCGGCGGCGUGAACCACUAUGAGCUUAUUCCUCUUCGCUCACUACUUUCCGUGAUACUAGCGUCGAUUUCGACCCAGGGUUGCGUAGCAAUUGUCUGCGUGUAAAAUUCCGUAAGUCAGCUUCGAUUUACUAGUGGUGGCGUGUGGCGAGGAACGGUCUGUCGACCCAGGUUGCGGAGCAAGUCUCCGUGUGAAAUCCCGAGGUCGCGCCUUCGUUCCAGGCGGCAGUGAUUUGGGGCAGAACACUUGUGGGGAGGCUAGGCCAAACCAGCUGUUCGGUCCUUGUUGCAUUUUGUGUUGUUGCUGCUCCAAAUAGUCAUCACGGCUCCCAGGCGACAGCCGGCUAAUCCUGUUCCUUCUACUCAAACUCAGUUUGUGUUGACUCAGAUGGCUGCUAACGCUGAGGCUGAGCGGCAGUUCCGUGAGGAUAUGCAGGAGAAUUUUAAUCUCAUGUUUGCCAGGAUGAAUGAUCUGGGUAAAAUUCAACAGGAGAUGAAAUCAGAUAUGACCAACACCACCACUCGACUGACUAAGUGUCUGGAUGAUCAGAAGCUUGUGGCUCAGCAAGUGUUGGCUAAUGGGGAUGCUAUUUCUCAAUUGAUUCAAAGAGAGCGGCCAACACCACCGCAGUCUGUCAACAACAGUUCUGGCCUCUCUAAGGAGGAGGAUGUGGACUCAUUCCAGAAUGAGUUUGCUACUGGCAGUGGACCUUCUCAUCGCAGACAUAGAGGCUCUCAUCGACAUCACCGUCCUCACAAUGAUAGGAACUCCAUGCCUCAUCAUGCUAUUCCCAAGAUGCAGUUUCCCUUCUUUGAUGGCACUCAACCAAAAAUUUGGCUAGACAAGUGCACCAGAUACUUCAAGAUUUACAACAUGGAGAAGAAACUGUGGGUGGAAGCAGCCUCUAUGCAUCUUCAGGAGAAUGCAGCUAAGUGGUGGCAAGUAUAUCAGCUUCAGCAUCCUGAUGUCAAGUGGAAGAAAUUUGCUGAGGAUAUACAGUCCAAGUUUGGCAAUGAUGAUCACAGAUCUGCAAUGAGUGAGCUCCUGGAUUUGAGGCAAACCACUACUGUUGAAGAUUAUGCCUCUCAGUUUCAGUCCUUGCAGUAUGAUGUUACUAUGCAUGAGGGUCAUGAUGAUCCUGUAUUCUUUGCAACUCAGUUUGUCAAAGGUCUUCGAGAGGACAUCAGAGCAGUGGUAGAGCCUCAAGUACCUACAACUGUGGAUAGAGCUGUCAUUAUUGCUAAAAUCCAACAGAAAGUUGUGGAUCGCAGCAAGCUUAAGGGUCCAGCUAAGCCCAUGGCUCCUAAACCUUUUGCUGCCAAACCUGAAGCUAAACAAGCCACUACAUAUACCAAUCUUUGGAGAGACAAGCAACUCCGGGACUACAGAAAGGCCAACAACCUUUGCUAUUCUUGUGGUGAGAAAUAUGAACCUGGUCAUGCCGAGGUCUGCAGUAAAAGAGUUCUUGUGGAGAAGAUACUCCGGGUGCAGCCUGAUGUCAACAAGAUCUACCUUCUUGUACGAGGGACGAACGAGUCAUCUGCAAAGCAACGCGUCCAACAAGAGGUGAUUGGCACCGAUCUGUUCGGCAAGCUGAGAGAGAAGCACGGCGACGUGUUCCAGCAGUUCAUCCAGGACAAGAUUGUUGCCUUGCCUGGGGACAUCAUCUGCGACAACCUGGGAUUAGAAACUCCUAAGCUGGAGACUCUGGCCAAGGACAUAGACAUCAUUGUCAACAUUGCGGCAACCACCAACUUCUAUGAAAGAUAUGAUGUCUCGUUGGAUGUGAACGUGAUGGGGGUGAAGCACCUUUGCCAGUUCGCCCAGCAGUGCUCCAACCUCAAGAUGUUUAUGCAUGUCUCCACUGCUUAUGUCUGCGGCGACAGGGACGGGCUCAUCCUGGAGAAUCCCAUCCAACCCGGCGAGUCUCGGCGGGAGGGCAGGUACCUCGACGUCGACGCCGAGCUGCGGCUCGUCAGCGAAGCCAAGAAGGAGCUCAUGGCGGACGCCAGCCGUCAUGAGCUGAAGACGACGGAGACGAAGGCGAUGAAGGAGCUGGGCCUCCAGAGGGCUCGCCACUUCGGGUGGUCCAACACGUACGUCUUCACCAAGGCCAUGGGCGAGAUGCUGCUGCUGGAGGAGCUGCAGCUCCGGGGGACGACGGACAUGGCGCCCGUGGUGAUCAUGCGCCCUAGCAUCAUCACCAGCGUGCUGGCAGACCCGCUGCCCGGGUGGAUGCAGGGCACCCGCACCAUCGACACGCUCAUCAUCGGGUACGCCAAGCAGAACCUGUCGUGCUUCCUCGCCGACCUGGGACUCGUCAUGGACGUCAUCCCGGGGGACAUGGUGGCCAACGCCAUGAUGGCGGCCAUGGUGGCGCACUCGGAGGAGGCGGCGGCGGUACCACCGCCGGUGUACCACGUCACCUCGUCGCUGCGCAACCCGGUCACCUACUCCGUGCUGUACGAGUCCGGCCGCCGGCACUUCUACCCGAACCCGCGCGUGGGGAAGGACGGCAAGGUCAUCCCCACCAGGGAGAUGCGUUUUUUCCCCACCGUUGCGCAGUUCCACCUCUACAUGAUGCUCACCUUCAAGCUGCCUCUAGAGAUUCUGCACUUGGUGAAUCUGCUGCUUUGUGGGCUCUUCUCGCGGCUUUACAACGACCUCAACCGCAAGUACAAGUUUGUGAUGCAUCUUGUUGAUGUCUACGCACCCUUCGCCUUGUUCAAAGGAUGCUUUGAUGACAUGAAUUUGGAGCGGCUGAGGCUGACGAUAACGAUGAAGACCCCUGAAGAUCACAUGUUCAAUUUCGACACCAAGAUUAUCGACUGGGAUGAUUACUUCACCAGAAUCCACAUCCCAGGUGUUCUCAAGUAUUUGUGCAAGUGAAGCCUUCUUUGAUUAUUAUAGCUACAUCUCGCGCGCCUUCAUCUCGUCCAAAAUAAAACACUUGUACUGUCACACCGAAAUGAAAUAGCACAAUCCGUUCGUUCGCUAGACAAACGCGUAUCAGUGAUUAUGAAGGAAAUAAAUCAUACUAUAAGUCAACUAUAUAUUGUAACUUGUAUAUUUGCAUAUUGGAGAAAUUCCAUAUUACUCUUUACUAGAACUACAUAUACAGGUUCUCACUUCU